ACAGCCGGACACUGAGAGACAGGCAAAUCGAUUGUAAUGGACUCGACUUCGGGGUAAUUGAUAGGCAAGAGGGAUGAAGUAGCGGAAGAGGGUCGUGCGUCGUGCCGUAUACAGGGUGUCCCCGAGUCACCGUCAGAUUUUCUAAUGGCUGAUUGCUUACGCAAAUCGCGCGACAACUGUGUCUAAUUAAGGUCGACGUUAUCAGCUGAAAAAACGUCUCGUUAACGACAGACGACGUUUGGACGAAGAAUCUGGCGGUGUGGAGAACACCGAGACAGUGCCGGGGCCACCCCGUAUGCUCACGAAUCGUGGUAAUCGCUACGAUUAUGCUGUCAUGUCGAUCGACGAGAGAGUUAUAAUCGAAUUUCGCGAAAUCGUCCCCGCCGUCUCCACCGAGAUCGUCCUGUCGUUUCGAGGGAAACGACGCUUAGGCUUAAACGCAGCACGUUGCAGCGACGUCACCGCUUCGUGCUAGUUCAUGCACAACCAAAGAGAGCAUGCGAUCUUUGUCGAGCGUUGUCUUCUCGCUUCACACGUUCGUCGUCGUAGUCUGGGCGCAAAGCGGCAUCAUCAUUCGGGAUUACUUUGUCCACAAGAAUGUGACCAGAGUCGUGGGAUUCUCCUGCGGAGACACGGAGAGCGACUUCCUCACGAUCAAGCUGCUGAACGCCGUCGGGAUCACCGCCAUGAUCAAACCGGCUGGGUUUCAACUGAAUGUUCUCAGGUAUCUCGAAACCGACCGCACUCUGGGGGUCUUCCUGGACAUACGCUGCCCGGAUCAGAAUAUCAGCGGCAUCUACGACGAAACGUAGAUGAGGCGAAGACGUUAGAAGACGACGUUUCCACGCAGGGCUUGGAUCAUCGCCUGUUCGACUACUCAUACAACUGGCUGAUCCUGGGGGCCAACUUGAGCGACAGUGUGCGGAGCUUAAACGAUAGCGGCUUCAGCGUCGUUACAGACUUCGUGAUAACAGUGCCGGAGGAGGAGCCUAAUUACGUUCUCUACGAUGUGUACAAUCACUUCAAAGUGCGCGGCGGAGCGCUGAACAUCACUAGACUCGGCACUUGGAGCGAGAUGAAAGGUCUCGAGGUUUUCUUGACCGAGCCGAAAAUCAUCAGACGGCGGAAUUUCCAAGGGAUACGGACCAAAGUGAUCGGGAUUGUGCUGAACAGACCGAAGAACGAAGUGAGUCUGUUGGAAUAUUUGGAGAGGGACAAACUUGAGAUCAUGGACAACUGGCCGAAAUUCGGCUUCACCAUCCUCUCACACGUCGCUAGUAUAUAUAAUUUCAGUAUGGAAGCCAUCGAGAUCGAUCAUUGGGAGAAGAACGACAGUCUGGGUCCCGUGAUGGGCGCUUUGAAGAGGAAUGUGGCCGACUUGGCGUAUUAUCCGUCGAUUUUGACGCACGAACGAUACGGACACGGGCGUGUCAUUCUUCAGCAAUGGCCAACGCGGACCUGCUUCAUGUUUCGCACCAUUCCGGCGGAGAAGAUGAAAACCUGGGUGAUACUGAAGCCGUUCGCACUGGACACGUGGUGCUCGAUCCUCGCGCUCGUGGUGAUAAUAAUUUUCGUUUUAUCCUUCAUACUGAAGCUGGAACACGCCAGCGAUUACAGUUACAGCGUCUCGGCCUUGGUCGCCAUUGCAGCUUUGUGCCAACAAGGUUUCCCUUCUCUCUCCGAACAAUCGGCCAGUCGAAUGGCUCUGAUUCAGAUCACGGUGUUCGGUUUGCUGGUGUACAACUAUUAUAAUGCGGCGAUAGUGUCGGCUAGGUUGAACGAGCCCCUCCAUAAGAUGAACGACUCGUUGUAUUCGUUGGCGCAUAGCAAGAUCAAGCUCGGCGCCGAGCCGAAUGUCUUCUUCAACUUUCUGCUGCGGAACGCCAGACCGGACGUGCAGUACUUCAAGCGUUAUUGGAACGAUUUGCCAGACGCGGGGAAAUUUAUCUCUAUCGAAGACGGCGUGCAGAGAAUGAAGAAGGGCGGCUUCGCCUUCCACGCCGACCCGGAUGACAUCUAUCCGUCCAUCGACCUGGAAUUCGACAAGCAGAUGAUCUGCCAGCUCACGGAAGUUCACUUGUUGCAGCCGUCCGAGCUCGGUUUAUGGAGCAACCUUCGCAGUCACCUCCAUGAAAUCUCCAAGAUAGCGAUGAUCAGGAUAUCCACCUCGGGAAUUCGGCGGCGAGAGGUACGUCGCCGACAAGCGAGGAAGCCUUACUGCCCGACCGAGGAGAUCUUCGUCUCCAGCGUGACGAUCUACGAAGUGGCGCCGAUGCUGAUCCUUUUGCUCUUCGGCAUGGCGCUUGCGUUGUUCGUCUUCGGUAUCGAGAACCUCAUGUUCCGCUUCAUGCACUCGCAACGAAAGAAGGACGUCUUGCCUCUUAAGCGAGACAAGCCGUUGCCGAAGGGCAAAGCACCGGCUAAGAAACGCGUCAGCCUGGCCCAGCCGAAGAAAAACGCUCUUUCCAAGAACGCACCAACAACGAAGCGAUGAGUCUCGUGAGGAGGGUGC